CUGAACACAUUGUUAUCUUAUCACCUGCAAAGCUGUCUCUGUUGCAGAAUACGAACUCAUUUUUCGCUAGUAUAACUUUAUUAAUCAACCUCAGUGGUUGCAUUUUGAAUAGCAAACUUUAAUUAUUUGUCAUAUUGGUUGAAAAAAGCAAUAUGAAUUUAGGCCACUGGAAUGUUUUCCUGGCUGUAAUCAGUUUACAAAUGUUUUUCAACGCCUCCGCACAGAUAAGCACUGUGUUAUUUUCCACCAUAAAGGAAUCAAACAACUCAAAUAUUUUGUAUAACAACACAUUAAAUAGCACCUCGAGUGAUGUGCUGGACGCCUUAAUAUCUUCAUCGCCGGUUGUAUCCUCAACACCGGUUGCAUCUUCAACACCAGUGGUAUCCUCAACACCAGUUGUACCUGAAACAUAUUCGACAGAAGCGGCAAUAACUGUUACGGAAGCUACGCCUUCAAACUUUGCUCCUGCUCAAAGUCCUGUGGAAAAACCGCUGGAUCCUGCGGACUGUUCGCAGCGGGAGAAAUACAGAAAACAACCAAUUGCAACACAAUCGUCGCGUUUAAGAAAAUGCUGUCCACAUGGAGAAAACUUGAAUAUAUUUAGGGAAAACCAGAGCGAUUCCAUGUGCGACAAUGGACUUUUAAGCUUUGAACCGACUAUAAUAAGCGCAGUUCUGUUUGACAACUGCAUCGAAGACUUGGAGAUCGAGACUAAGCUGGACUACGACAUAGGAAAUCCGUGUAACAGUUCUCUCUUAUACGACGACAAAGAGGACGUUUUCUUCGUUUUACAAGACGGUUCUUUGUUGAUCAUCGACAAGUUUGGCAACGAAUCAUACACAGUGAAGGAGCAUUAUUGCUUGGAUAUUGAUAAGUCAGGACACCUGUUUGCGUUUACGUGUGUUACCCAAGUGGAAGAACAAAUUGCCUUCGCAAAAGUAAUUUUUGUUGCGGUUCUGAUGCUUAUUUCUAUGCCCUGCCUGCUAUUAGUUAGCUAUUUGCACAUGACACUUCGCUUACUGCGCAACUUGCAUGGUCUGUCGCUAAGUUUGAUGUCCUUGUGCUUGGCGUCUGGAUACUUUGUGCACUCCGUGGUGCACAUAUAUGGAAUCCCGAACCAAGGAUUUAUUGGCUACGUCAUACAGUUUUGUAUUUUGAGUUAUUUUUUCUGGUACCUAUGCAUAUGCUUCAAUGUUCUCUUGAAUGUGUGGUACAAGCUGCCUUGUUGCAUUCAGUGUCCAAAGAGCUGGGCCAUCUUUAACUUUACGUGCUACGCUGUUUUUGCUUUUUCUGGACCGGCCACAAUAGUUGCACUCACUGUUCAAAAGGGGCUGCCAGGAAUGCCGUCUUACUUUCUGCAAGGUCUCACGGAAUCCAUAAGAGAUUCCCAGCGUUACUUUAUUCCCCCAGUGUCUACUAUACUUUUCCUAAGUUUUUUGCUUAACAUCAUAUCGUUCUUCGGGUUUCAACGAAUAAGCGGGUACAUCAAGGCUGAAAAAAGUAUUCAGGAGCAAAAAUCUUUGUUUGACCAACAAAAAUAUGAAGAUGUUAAAAAGGACGCUAAAUGCGUUAGCUUACUCGGAAUAAUAUUGGUCGUAAGCUGGCUACUCGAAAUAAUAACGUUUUACUCGGGCUCGAAUUCAAAUUACCUCGUACUGUGCGACAUGGUGAAUGGACUUCAAGGAGUUUGGGUACUGCUUAUUUUUCUCGUCGUGCGGAGGCGCCGCACAAUAAUAUUGAGAUGGUGGUACGAUCGUGGUUCCCACGAAAUUGAAGGCACAGAGCUGCAAGCUCUUAGUAAUAGUCCCACAUAGAUAUACAAUUCUAAUACAUUACUUCAAGUUUACGAAAGCCGUUAAUAUUACAUUAAUUUUAUAGUUAUAUUAAAUAUUAUUAUAAACAAAGCAAAUUGAUAAGAAAAGAGACUAAAACUGUGAAAGACAUUUAAAUAUUGAUCUGUUCAACCUGAUAUCCUUUAAAAGAAUAUUUUGUUUCGGGCACGUAACCAAUCAAUUUCCCA